UAGAAUACCUAAUCUAGUAGAAUGGGUGUAAAGAAGAAAGGAUUAAAGAAGGAUGAAGUAGAUCCAAAGAAGAAGGAAGAGGAAAUAGAAAAGAUUAUUCAACCUCGUGAAUCAGAGGGGGAAGAGGAGGAGAAGGAGAGAGAAGAGGGAAAAUCUCGCGCUAAAUAUGAAGCACUUCUUAUUGGUUUGGAACACUUGAAUAUUACUAGGAACAUAUACAAAUCCCACAAUGUUCUGGUUCAGCAGAUGAUAGAUCGAACCAGAGAUGAGUUUCUAUGGGGAGAAUAUAUGAAAUGUGAUGGUAUGCCUGAUCCAGCCUGUGUCAAGCAGAUGAAUACUUAUCUCAGUCUUUGGGAGGAGGAUAGACAUGAGAAUAUGGAGGAUGUGAUUAAGAAGACUGAAGAGGUUCUUCCUCUCAUGAACACUAUGGAGAGGCUUAUUGAGAAUCCAGAGGAGUGGGAGGUACCUACACCAGUAGAACAGGUGACCAGGAGCCAGAGAGCAAAGGUUCAAGAGAGACAUAAAAUAUUUAACACCAUGAAGAAACUACAGAUUACAAAGUUGAACCGAGCCACGUAUGCUAUCCUCCUGGACGUAUCUCCUAUAGUAGACUCGGAGAACAACGUGCUCCAGCACUACAUCUCAUCAAACCUCGUCCAGCUGGGGCUCUGGGGGAAUGUUGUGGAAAAGAACAUGAGAGUCAAGGGAACUGAGUUUGAAAGCCUAGGGUUUAGUUUUGAGCUUCCCAGAUCUCUCAUGGGUAUUCGAGGAGCUGUCAGAGUAAUGCGGGUUGAGUAUGAUCACUACAGUAAACAAUGUCCGUCCUAUCCAACUCCUCCAAUACAUCCUGAUGACAGGGUUCUGCUCCAGGAUAGGAUACAAGCACACCUGGUUCUCUUCCAGGAGAAAGCAAGGAAAGAGGAAGAGGAAAAGAAGAAGAUUAAACUAAAAGCUGAUUUAGAAUCCAGAGCUGCCAGGGAGGCGGAGCAGGAAAGGUUACGCCUACUAGCCCAGGAUAAGAAAGGGAAAGGAAAGAAAGGUUCAGCUCCACCCCCUCCUCCAAGCAGCAGUAAACCAGGAACAAAAUCUCCCCGGGAUACCAGGAGAUCAAGUAUCAAAUCCUUGAAAUCAGAUGUUCAAGAAGUUCUGGAAAUUAUUGAGAAUGAAACUAAAGAGGAAGAGAAAGAUCCAGCAACAAAGGCUAAAGAAAAACUUCAACAAAGGAUAGAUAUGUACAAAAUCAAGAUUGAUACUCAUGAACUCAAUCUAAGGCGAAACCGUAUAAUGGCCGGAAUUAUUGUAUUUGAUAUGCUCUAUAUUCCUCCUCAACCUAAGAAAGUUGCAUCUUGGGUUAUUUGUGAGCUAGAACAUCCACAGGAGCUGAAACCCCGGCCGUGGGCAGCUGAUUAUAAACCUCCAGCCCCUGCUGAUGAAAACUCAAACGUCAAGAAAACUCCCGAGGAAAUAGAAAGAGAAAUUAAGGCUCAAGAAGCUGAGCUCCAGAAGCUACUUCAAGUUCAUUUAAAGCUUCCUUCGACUGCCCUAUGGUUCGAACCUCCAACUAUUGUGAGAUGGGACGAAGAGAAAAAUUACUGGACAAACCAAGGAUUCUAUGGAAUAAGUUUCAACGAAGGAAAACAAACCUUAUCCUUUAAAACAAUGCACUUUGGUAUCUUCGGUCUAUCUGCCUUCAGGUUCUCCAACCUACCCUUCCAGAGCUGGGAGCUUAGACCAGAGAAUCCAAACAAAGCUGUUAUUGCUCUUAGUGCUGCUGCAGUACAGGCUGAGUUUGCUAUAGAGCCUGGUCUGGUUACCCUGGUCAAAUUCUCCAGCGGAAAUAAACCCCCGGUCAAGGGAAUAAUUGAUGUUCCGAUGAAACUAAAAGAUCUGAUUAAGGAGAUGCGACAUCAAGGGGUCGAUAUAUUCCCUGACUGUGAUUCUCAUUGUUACAUCGAGGGAUUACCCCUGAAGGAUAUUCCUACUGAGAAACAUCUAUACUACUGCAUGGCACUAACAGCCAACGCGCUCAGUUUCUCCUGGUCCCGCUGGAAUCUGCUCUCCGGGUAUGAGAAGUUAAUCAUGCAGUUCAGGGAGAAGGUUCUAGGAGAACCUGAAUCUAUUCAGAAACUCCUUCUCGUUACUCCUCAUCUAACCUCGGUUCUAGAGUGCAACGAAUCCUCCCAAACAUUUAGCGAUAAGGCUGAACCUGGACUUCCAGUUUUUGCUGACCUCUACAACCUAGCCCUGGAGUACUCUAGUCCUAAAGUUAAACAACAGAUGUCUCUGGCGACACCGAUCUUUGUAGACUCAGUAUAUCAGUUUCUUCUUGCAACUCUGGUUCUCUCUUAUGCUUAAAACUCGAUAUUUUCUAUAAUUUUAUUAAUUAUCAUUUUCCUUCGUUUAAAGACAGUUUGUACUUACAUUAUAAUUACAAUAAAAUCAAACUAAAUUA